UGAUGGUGGCGAGGAAGAAGGUGGUGCGGAAAUGGGAGAAGCUGCCGGGCAGGAACACGUUCUGCUGCGACGGGCGCAUCAUGAUGGCCCGACAGAAGGGCAUCUUCUACCUGACGCUCUUCCUCAUCCUCGGCACCUGCGCGCUCUUCUUCGCCUUCGAGUGUCGGUACCUGGCAGUCCAACUGUCUCCAGCCAUCCCUGUGUUUGCAGCAGUUCUCUUUCUGUUUGCCAUGGCCACGCUCCUGCGAACGAGCUUCAGUGAUCCCGGCGUGAUCCCAAGAGCCCUGCCYGACGAAGCAGCCUUCAUCGAAAUGGAGAUCGAGGCCACCAAUGGGACUGUGCCCCAGGGUCAGCGCCCGCCUCCCCGGAUCAAAAACUUCCAAAUCAACAACCAGAUAGUGAAGCUGAAGUAUUGCUACACGUGCAAGAUCUUCCGUCCGCCCCGUGCCUCUCACUGCAGCAUCUGUGACAAUUGUGUGGAGCGCUUCGACCAUCACUGUCCCUGGGUGGGCAACUGCGUGGGGAAGAGGAACUACCGCUAUUUCUACCUCUUCAUCCUCUCGCUCUCACUCCUCACCAUCUACAUCUUCACCUUCAACAUAGUCUAUGUGGCACUGAAAUCUCUGAAGAUUGGGUUCCUGAACACGUUGAAAGAAACCCCAGGGACUGUCCUGGAGGUGCUCAUCUGCUUCUUCACCCUGUGGUCAGUGGUGGGGUUAACUGGAUUCCACACCUUCCUGGUGGCGCUGAACCAGACAACCAAUGAAGAUAUUAAGGGGUCAUGGACUGGGAAGAACCGUGUGCARAAUCCCUACAGCCAUGGCAACAUAGUGAAGAACUGCUGCGAGGUCCUGUGUGGGCCUCUGCCCCCCAGCGUCUUAGACAGACGGGGCAUCCUGCAGCAAGAGGAGAGCGCGGCCCAGGAGGAGACGUGUGCGCGGGGGCCUGGGGCUCAGGAGACCACCGCUGCUCAGGGCCCCUGUGGGCAGCCAGAAGAGAGCAGUGCUCAGCAGAGCGACAGCAGCCUUCCUCAUCCGAGUGCUGUCCCUGUGCCAUCCCUGAGCAAUACUGAGAUGCCAGAGGAGAAGCAGCUGCCGGCUGGAGAGCUCCCAAUCCCCUCCCAGGACACUGGGCAAGCAGAGCACUAGCCUCUGUUUGAAAGGGAGAACUUUCUCGUUUUGUCUAAUCAAAGCUGGAAGUGAUUGAGGAGAGGAGGAGAUGGGCUGGAUGGCAGGCAAGCGAUUCCUCAUGGCCAUUUUGCUUUAGUCGUUGUUCACCUCAAUGUGCAGGCAGUGCRGGCUGGCACUGGCCCUCCGUGGUGUCAAAGGAUAAAGUGUGUGAGUAGCCCGUGUUGAUCAUUUUGGGGCGCUCACCACCACUGAAGCUGGUCUCCCUGCAGGUCGAGGCAGGACCUCUUGCUCUGCAGGUUGUCCUCAGUGCUAAAAAACCAGCUCGGUGGCCUGCUCUGUCCCUCCGUGUGGCCCCAGCUCUCUGAUCAGAUGACUUGUGGCUGAGCAGCUCGGAAGCGACAGCGAGGUUGGCCUGCUCCCUGCUGCUGAGGAAUCCUGAUGGGAAGGGGCAAGCGAUUAUGAUAGUAAUGUCCUCUCUCCCCUCCUCCCUCCUUCCUCUGAUUUGUGGCAUUGUUUUAUUGGUUAACGUGGCAGGGGUUGUCAGGAGACCUUUUUGGUGCCAAAAGGGGCCAAACUGACCGGGAAGGUGUUCUGCUGACAACRCUUUUUUUAAAGUAGCUUCCUUCUCAUACUCCCUCUUUUAAUGUGACUUUAGCGGGUGCGAGAGCGGUCAUGGCGUGAGCCCUCCCAUCUUUUCUCUGGGGUUUGUGAGUAGCGGGGGGUCUCGGGGCAAGGUGGGGAGCAGCCCAGCUUCCUGCUGCUUGACUCUGGCCUGUCCCAGGAGGGUUGUGCAAGAGCUGUAUUGAGCAGGACUGGGGGUCUGCCCAUGCCGCUGGCUYUCUCAGUGGGGCAGAGUUCAUACCUGAAUCCUCUCUAGCUUUUGCCAGCUCUUUUGGGACUAUAUAUUUGUCUUAGGGGACUGCAGAUGUUCAAUAUCAGCCACCUGCAGCUCCUCGGAAGAGAAGGGAGGUGCUGGGCCUGAGCAAUGGUGGUGCUUUCAUUCGUUUUCUCCUCYGUUCGCUGUCUCGAAAGAGGAGGCUCCCAUUGGAGCCCUGCGUCCCUCGCUCCUCAUCCCCAGCUCCUUGCAGUGUUGGCCUGCGCCUUGCCAGGCAGCGGGUGAGGUGACGUGGGGAUUGGUGCUGUCCUCUGCCCGUGCCUCCAGAGGCGCUGAGGACUCGCCUCUCGGGCGAGCGAGGUUGGCCGCCGCUUCCCACCCAGCCUGGCCCUGCUCCUGGCCUCAGCUGCUCCCCUCUUGGCU